GGGCGCGGCUGGUGCGCCUGAGGAGCGAUGGCGGCCUGAACUCACCUAGCACCGCGGUGGCGAUCGGGCCUGGACAGGGUCGGGGUUCUAUUUGUAGGUCUGGAUUGGGCAGUGACCUCUGGGCUCACUGUUCCAGCCUGGUGCAUCUUCUGGCUCCAUGGACAGCUGUUGGCUCCUACAGACCGGAUGAAGCAGACUAGAGACACAAGUGGAGAAAACCUCCAGCUGGCAAGUUCUCAGAGUGUGACUCUCUGGCCGCUGGCCCUGCCCAGCCUGCCUCAUGGAGAGGAUGAACUGGCUGAGCAGACUGGCCUCCCGGGGCCCUGGGCACCGUGUACCACAAGGGGCCAGUCUGCAGACCCCCGUCAUGGCUGACCCUGAGACUUGCCUCAUGGUCUUCAAGAAUCACUGGUCCCAGGUGGUGCGAAUCCUGGAACGGCAAGGCCCUCGGGGAGCUCCUGGGGGUGCUGAUGAUCUCAGUGCUGUACGCAACCAUACUUACCAGAUGCUGACACUCCUGGCAGAGGAUCGUUCGGUGCCCUUGGUCCCCACAGCUCCUGGGCCCCUGCUUGAGUUUGCUCUGCGUGAGGAUCUGCUAACCCGUGUGUUGACAUGGCAGCUUCAAUGGGAUGAGCUUGGGGAUGGGGUUGAGGAACGGCGGGCUGAGCAACUGAAACUCUUUGAGAUGCUAGUGAGCGAAGCUCGCCAGCCCCUCUUGCGGCAUGGUCCAGUUCGUGAGGCUCUACUGAUCUUGCUGGAUGCCUGUGGCCGCCCUGUGCCCAGUAGCCCAGCACUGGAUGAAGGCCUGGUGCUACUUCUCAGCCAGCUGUGCGUGUGUCUGGCCCGGGAGCCUUCAUUGCUCGAGUUCUUCCUGCAGCCACCUCCUGAACCUGGAGCUGCUCCCCGUCUUCUCCUCUUUUCUCGCCUUGUCCCUUUUGUCCAUCGAGAGGGCACCCUGGGCCAGCAGGCCCGCGACGCCCUACUCCUGCUCAUGGCUCUAUCAGCUGGAAGUCCCACUGUGGGCCGCUACAUCGCGGAUCACUCUUACUUCUGCCCGGUGCUGGCCACAGGGCUGAGUGCCCUGUACUCGUCACUGCCCCGAAAGAUUGAAGUUCCAGGGGAUGAUUGGCACUGCCUGCGACGGGAGGACUGGCUUGGAGUGCCAGCCCUUGCGCUCUUCAUGAGUUCUCUAGAGUUCUGCAAUGCAGUCAUUCAGGUGGCUCAUCCUCUGGUGCAAAAGCAGCUGGUUGAUUAUAUUCAUAAUGGGUUCCUGGUGCCAGUCAUGGGCCCUGCCCUGCACAAGACCUCUGUGGAGGAGAUGAUCGCCAGUACCGCCUAUCUGGAACUUUUCCUACGGAGUAUUUCAGAGCCCGCCUUGCUCCGUACCUUCCUGCGAUUCCUGCUGUUACACCGGCAUGACACCCACACCAUCCUUGACACCCUUGUUGCCCGUAUUGGCAGCAACUCCCGGGUAUGGCUCCUACCUCUGUCCUGGCUUACCUGGCUCUGCAUGGUGUCUUUGAGUCUCUUCAGGACCCUUCUGAACCUCAGCUGUGAGGAUGUCCUGCUGCAGCUGGUUCUCAGGUAUCUUGUCCCGUGUAACCAUGUGAUGCUGAGCCAGAAGCCGGCUGUGCGUGAUGUGGACCUGUAUGGACGAGCCGCAGACAAGUUUCUCUCCCUAAUCCCACGCUGUUGUCGGCACCGUGCCUCCAGCCCACCUUGUCCAGAGCAUGCCUCGUGGGCACGAGGUGGGCCUAGCAGAGAGGCAGGGAGAAGGGAGGACACAACGGGCCCUGGAAGCCCAAGUGUUGACUCCUCUUCUGUGGUGACGGUACCCCGGCCCUCCACACCAUCUCGUCUAGCCUUCUUCCUGCGACAGCAGAGCCUGGGUGGCUCCGAGUCCCCAGCCCCAGCCCCUCGCUCACCAGGGCUUGCUACAUCCCCAGCCUCCAGCCCUGGCCGCCGGCCCAGCCCUGUGGAGGAGCCUGGUGAGCUGGAAGACAAUUACCUGGAGUAUCUGCGUGAGGCGCGCCGUGGUGUGGACCGCUGUGUCCAAGCCUGCCGUACCUGGUCUGCCCCCUAUGAUGGCGAGCGGCCCCCUCCUGAGCCCAGUCCUGUUGGCUCCCGGACUAAGAAACGCAGCCUACUGCCUGAGGAGGGCAGGGACAAUGCAGGGGAAGGGGAGGAGGAAGAGCUGGGGAGUGGGGGGCUGGCUGGGGGUGCACGGGAAAGCCUUGGCCACCUGCCCCCUCCCCAGCUCAAUGGGCUGCCAGGACCAUGGCCUGAGGGGACCAAGAAGGUUCGUCGGGUGCCAAAGGAGGGAGCUGGGGAACCACUAGAGGACACCUCUGAGGGCAUGGCAGGACUAGAGGGCUUUGGGCAGGAGCUUCGGGAGCUGGAGGUGGCAUUGAGCAAUGGGGGUGCUGGCUCUGAGCCCCCUCUAGAGCCUUCACUACCUCUUGAGGAGGAGGAGGCCUACGAGAGCUUCACCUGUUCCCCUGAGCCCCCUGGCCCCUUCCUCAGCAGCCCUUUGCGGACUCUCAACCAGCUGCCAAGCCAGCCCUUCACUGGCCCCUUCAUGGCUGUGCUGUUUGCCAAACUCGAGAAUAUGCUGCAGAACUCCGUCUAUGUCAACUUCCUGCUGACGGGGCUGGUGGCCCAGCUGGCCUGUCACCCCCAGCCCCUGCUCCGCUCUUUCCUGCUCAACACCAACAUGGUCUUCCAGCCCAGUGUCAAGUCCCUGCUGCAGGUGCUGGGCUCUGUGAAGAAUAAGAUUGAGAGCUUUGCGGCCUCCCAGGAGGACUUCCCAGCACUGCUAUCCAAAGCCAAGAAGUACCUCAUUGCCCGUGGCAAGUUGGACUGGACCGAGGGCCCUGCAGCAGGACCUGCUCCCCGUCGAUCUGAUUCCCUAGUGAAGAGCCGGAGGCCGUCCUUGGGGGAGCUACUCCUGCGGCAUGCCCAUAGUCCAACCAGGGCUCGGCAGGUGGCACAGAUGGUUCUCCAGCCUGGGAGAGACGGUGGCGCAGGACUUGGCCUAGGUGGGGGCUCCCCUGGGGCUUCGACGCCGGUCCUACCCGCCCGGGGUGGGGCCCCUGAGCGCCAAGGUGAGGCUCUGCGAGUCAAGAAUGCUGUCUACUGUGCAGUCAUUUUCCCUGAGUUUCUCAAGGAGUUGGCUGCCAUCUCCCAGGCACAUGCUGUCACCUCGCCUUUCUUGUUGGAUACUUCCGAGGAGGGGUCUGGCCCUCCUGUCUCAGGCUUCGGGCCCCUCAAUCCUUAACUUUCUUCCAUGGACAAUCAGGGCCUUGAGUGGCCUGGGCUGGGGCCAGGGUGUAGGCUCCUUUUUAUGUUUGGAGGCAGUGGCAAGAGGACUUUUUAAUUUAUUUCUGAUGAAUGUUUUCUGGAGAACUUGUUGCAAUAUGUAUAAAAGGGAAAUCUCUAUUCUGUGCUCAUUUUUCUUUUCCACCCUUUAUCUGUGGGGCUGGGGCCCCAAGAAAGUUGUAAAUAGAUGGGGAAGUGGUCAGGGUGUGUUCUCUCUGGUGAGGACAUGAUGCCAAGGUUUCAAGGUACUUAGGCCUUUAGAGGGUGAGGGGCGGGAAGCCUAGGGAAAAAAGCUGGGACUCCUCCUCCAGACCCCCACAGGAAGAAGCAGCGUGGGCCCAGAAUGUUUGGGGGAGC